AUGAUAAAAUGUCGUAACCGUUCUCUCUGCCAGCCCGGUUCGAUUCCCAUUGAAGAUGCUGACGAGCCCACGCCCAUGGUGAUCACUAUGACUACAGGCUCAGUUUCCGGCGACCAAGGCUCCGGCUGCCCCGGCCACGCCUUUUACCAUUCCAGCACGCCACCCACCCACCUGGCGGUUCUGCCGCCACGUGGACACGCCAACUAUGCCUGCAGCCCAGCUGACCAGACCGUCUGCGAUAGUGCCAUGCUGGCACCGUCGCUUGUGCAGCUGGGCGGCGCCAGCACAACCGCCAACACCGGCACCGGCAACGGGACGUCGGUGGCGUCCGGUGCGGCCACGGUUGUGGGCCCUUUUCCGGCCCAUCCCGAGCUGCCCGAGUUCUACGGCUUGCCCGGUCUCCAGCACCAGCACCAGCACCAGCAACACCACACCGGCUACCUACCCCCCCACCACCACCACUCGACCUACCUGAACACACCGGCCGGCUUCAACCAGCACCAGCCUCACUCUUACCACCCCGUCAUGAUGCAUCGAUCGGGCAGCGCCGGGGGCGGCGUGGCCGCCGUGGGAGCGUUGAGCGCUUAUCUGGCCUCGUCCAACGGGCUCCUGGCCAGUUGCGGCUCUGGCUCUGGCCAGAGCACCUUGUCCCGCCACCACCAACAUCACCAAUAUCAACAUCAACAUCAACAUCAGCAUCAGCAUCAAUAUCAACAUCAACACCAGCAACAGCAGCAGCAGCAGCAGCACCACUAUCAUCAGCAUUAUCACACGCCUCCACACCAGAUGACGCCCCACUACUCCUCUUCCCCUCCGCCAGCCCUGCCACAGUCGCCCUUUCUGCCCGUUCAGCCGGCCGUCGUCGUGGGACGCCUCACGCCGACCCUGCAGCAGCCCCAUCAGCUUCCUCCGCCUCUCCCGCCUCCCGUGCAGUCACGCAGCGCCACGGCCGCCCUCUCCGACGAGCCUCCACUCUGCCCGAUCGGAGUAAGCGGCAGGCCGAUUCGUCGUGGCAACAGCCUGUUGCUGGCCGGUGCCAGGCAGACUGCAGGGCAGACCAUCUCACCGCCUCCCCUGCCUCCGCCACCUGCAGGCCGCUACUCCGGCCUCUCCAACACCACAUCUGCCGCCUCGCCCGCCUUCGGCACCAACACACCCUCCAGCCAGCCCGGCUCCGCGACUCCAGCCGCACAGACGGCCAGACCCUUCAACAGGAGCACCAGCAGCAGUGACGCCUCGAUGAGGCAUCAUCACGGCCUCGGCGAAUCCGCGGCCGGAGGACGUGGAGACGGCAACUCAAACAACAGUCCAACCGGUCAGUCGGGCGCAGACGACGCCGGUCCAUCUGGAGGUCGGUCCGCCACAGCCGAGGCUGGAGCCGGUCUGGCGGCCGGCCUCGGCCUGCGCUCGCCUGUUGGCAGCAUCUCCGGCUCUCUUAGUGCAAACGACCUGGCCUCGCUGUACGCUAAGGCGCCUCGAGCCGAGGCGACGGCCUCACCCCAGACCGCGUCAGGGACAACCGCCGCUGGCAACCCCGUCGCGACGCCGCCUCCUGGCUACUUCGCCAGCGAGAGCCUCGGGGGCCUCUUCGCCUGUCCGUCGCUGCCGAUGAUAAUGGGGCGGAAUCAGACCACUUUCAACGCCAAAAUAAGAGUAGAUGCUGCAUUUGAUUGCGCUUGUCAUGCCAAAGUGGAUUUGCUUUAUCCGUUCCUUCUAUUUCUGGCUGACCCAUUUCACUCGGUUCCGGUCCCAGCGUUCAUUUCACUUCAGGCGCUAUUUCUCAAGGCCCUAGAAGCACGUAGACUGCCGCUUCACUGA